AUGGCCAGUGUGGAUGGGGGAGAGCUAAGGGAGCCCAGAGGGGAGCCGCAGGCCCUGGAGCCGGACUGGCAUCAGUGCACACUGCCACGACACUCUCCCCUUUCCAGGAUUUUUGUCAACCGCAGCCUGGCGAUGGGGAAGACUGGCUGCUUCGGCUUUGACAUGGACUACACUCUGGCUGCUUACAAGUCCCUGGCUUACGAGACACUGGCCUUCGAGAUGCUGCUGGAGCGCCUGGUGUGCAUAGGGUACCCGCACGAGAUCCUGCGCCACACCUACGAUCCCACCUUCCCCACCAGGGGGCUGGUGUUCGACGCGCUCUACGGAAACCUGCUGAAGGUGGAUGCCCACGGAAACGUGCUACUGGGCACCCACGGCUUCUGCUCCCUCUCGGAGGCGGAGGUCUGGAGCUUCUACCCCAGCAAGUUCAUUCAGGGGGAUGAUCUGCGGUUUCACAUCCUCAACACGCUCUUCAACCUGCCUGACUGACCACUCUCCCCACUCCCGGAAACCUACCUCUCUGCCUGCCUGAAAGACUUCUUCUCUGGCUGCUCCCUACAUCAAGUCUGUGACACGGGCUAUCAGCACGGGAACCUCUUCAUGUCCUUCCGAAGCCUCUUCCAAGAUGUGACGGAUGCCAUGGAUUAUGUCCACCUUUUGGGCUGUCUCAAGGAGAAGACCCUGGAGGACUUAGAGAAAUACCUGGAGAAGGAUGCAUGAAUCCCUGUCCUGCUGGACAAGAUGAAGGAGGUGGGAAAAGUGUUCCUGGCCACGAACAGCAGCUACAACUACAGAGAUGCCAUUAUGACCUACCUGUUAGAUGCUGGAGAGGCUGAGGCUGCAGCCAGGCCCUGGAGGUCCUACUUUGAUCUGAUCGCGGUGGACACACAGAAGUCUCACUUCUUUGUGGAGGCCACAGUGCUGAGACAGGUCAAUAUGGACAUGGGCAAGCUCUGUGUUGGUACCUACACCAGCCCCCACCAGCACUGUGCUGUCUACUCUGGAGGGUCAUCGGACAUGGUAUAUGAGCUGCUCGGGGUGCGGGGGAAGGACAUCCUAUAUAUCGGCGAUCACAUCUUUGGGGACAUCCUCAAGUCCAAGAAGCUGCAGGGCUAGCAGACUUGUCUGGUGGUUCCUGAGCUGUCCCGGGAGCUGGGCAUCUGGGGCCGAGAGGAAGAGCGAAUGGAGAUGCUGAAGAGGCUGGAUGCGCACCUAGCAGACCUGUACCAGCACACAGAUGACAGUGGUUAUGGCCUGCAACUCAUCAACUCCACCGAGAGGGAGAUUCAGAUGCCCCAUGAGACAGCAGUGGAGCAAGAAAGGGCCGGUCUGAUUCCCGCCUUCAGCUUCUUCUCUUGUAGCCAGAGGACUCUCCCCGCCCAGGAUUCCUCAGCAGGCAACUUUUAUGGACACAAUGUGGAGGGGCUCCUUCUUCGCCCGCUCUAUGACUCUGCCCUCUGA